AUGGCUCCUAGGGCGGCGAAGGACAGCGGCUGCGGCAGCGGAGGAGACCCGGAGGCGGCGGCGCGGUUCCGCGGAGUGAGGAUGCGGCCGUGGGGGCGGUACGCGGCCGAGAUCCGCGACCCCGCGCGGCGGAGGCGCGUGUGGCUGGGCACCUUCGACACCGCGACGGAGGCGGCGCACGCCUACGACGCCGCUGCCCUCCGAUUCCGCGGCCACAAGGCGAAGACCAACUUCCCCUGUUCCGGCCCCGUUCUCGCGCCCGAUCAUUCCAGCCCUACCAGCAGCAGCGCCUUCGGAUACUCUUCCCCUCCUACGCCGCUGGCUACCGGCGACGCCGCGGCGUUCGAUCUCGAGCUCGCCCACGCCUCCUCCCGGCUCCCCUCCUCCCUGUGGAGGCUCCCAGUGGACCUCGACCUCAACCUUCCGCCGCCACCGGAAGAUCUAUGA